CUCUUCUACUCUCUCGUCUUUCAGAUCCCACUCCUCUGAGGCAUCUCUUUGGCCUUUUCUCUUCCUCACAACAUGGCCGUCUCCUAAAAUAAAAAGCCCACACCUGAUCAGGUUCCUCAUCUCUGUAUCUUGGAGUUCCAUCCAAGGCUGGCUGGCCGCCUUUCUUCGUGGUGGACUACAGGAGACUGAAGGGCUCUCAUCUUUCCGACCUUUUUUCUUUCCUUUCCUUUUCUUUUCUUCUCUUUUCUUUUUCCCCAUCUCUCCCUCAGCAGAACAACCAUAAUGGCGCCCAGAACCCUCACCAGAAUCGACUCAGACUCGAGCGACUCGUCCUCCCUCUCGAUCCCCCCCAAGAUCGAACCCCCGGAGAUCGUCUACUUCCCCGCCAUAGCAACCAUGUCCCUCGGCGCCCCAGGCGUGCACGCCCUGCCCAAGAAACUCGCCGCGGCCGCCCUCCACGGAUUCCGCGCCGUAGAGCUCUACUGGGACGACCUCCUGCACUUCACCCAGGGCACCGCGGGCGGCGUCAGCGCAGACGACCUGCGCAGCGCAGCGGGCGCGAUCCGAAAACAGUGCGUCGACCUCGGGCUCCGCGUCCUCGCCCUCCAGCCGUUCCGCGGCUUCGACCUCCUCGCGGACCGCACGGCGCGGCACGACCGGCUCGAGGCCUUUCAGCUCUGGCUCGACGUCGCGGCUAUUCUCGACACGGACGUCAUCGUCGUGCCUGCGUCGUCGGCGUUCGAUGGCGACGUGACCAACACUACGACCACCGGUGGGCGUGGCACAAGUUCAACGACGGGUAAUGGCACGAGUGAUGCGACGUAUACCCGCCUCGCGGUCCGCAACCUGCGCGUCCUCGCCGACGCGGCCCGCGCGCGGACGGACCGGCCCCCGCUUCUUGGCGGCCCCGUGCGCAUCGCGUUCGAGAACCGCUGCUUCGCGCGCCAUGUGCAGUCGUGGGCUGACGCGUGCACUGUCGUGGAACUGUGCGGCCGCGCCAAUGUGCUCUGCCUCCCGGACUUCGCCGACAGCCUCGCCCUCCUCCGCAGGCGCGUGCCGCGCCACCGCGUCCCCUUCGUGCAGGUCUCCGACGCGGCGGAGAUGGAUGCCGACGAUCCGGGCCUCGUGGCGGCGAAGGCGCGGGGGGAACCGGCGCGGUUGUUCUGGGCGAGGAGACGGCGAUUGUUUCCCUUCGAAGGGUGCCUCCCGCUCGACCACGCGUUGCGGGCGCUCACUUCGGAGCCGGAUCAGGACGCCGGGGCCCCCGGGGUGGGGUACAAGGGGUUCAUCUCGAUCGAGGUGUUCAGCGAGGAAGGGGACGGGGUGGAGGGGGAGUUGGUGGAGCGGCUGGCGUUUCGCGCGCGCGAGGCGUGGGAGACGACGGUUGUCAAGAUGGGCUGGGCGGGGCGCGCGGACGUGGUGCACCCUGUGGCGAAGGGACAGCUGGGGAUUGCGUUGCGGGAGGUUCGGCGGGAGCAGGAGGUAGCUGAGAGGGCGCGGGAGGUUGUUGUUGCGGGUUUGCAGAGGCGUCGUUCUCUAGCCGGGUGUGGAGUUCCCGGCAUGACGUUGCGAUUGUCGACCCGGUCGAGGAACGGCAUGCGCAGGAGGCUGUGA